CUAAUUAUUGUCGCUGUAGGGUGGGGGGCCUGGAAGGACGCCCUCUGUGGUUUGCUUCUGGGUUUUUUUGGUAGGCUUUUAGGAAAGGAAGUCUUGGUCAACAGAAUUUGCAUGAGUUGACUUUCAGUUAAAGGCCCUGGCUAUAACCCGAGGCUGCGGGCCAGAAGCAGUGCAGCCUCAGGAGGAUCUAGAACUGAGAUUCCGUGUGGUUGUCUGUAGAGUCCGCUGUAUGUCUCGGACCGUAGACCCACUGGAGGCAAACCCUGUCAUUUUCACCCACCGCCUGGGUCAUCGCGACCCCAAACCAUCACCCGGAACCCAAGGAGCCCCCCCCACUCCCGCCCAGGAUGGCCGGGCGGAGAAGAAUUAGUGUAGGACUGGCCGCGGAGGCCUCUUCCACUUCCGGCGUCUGAUCGCUGCGGAUAUCUAGACGUCUGCAGUCCCGGCUGCGGCCGGUGUAGGCUCUGAGCGGACCGCUCACGGCUCAGGCAGGGGGCAGCGGGGAGAGCAACCGCUUCUAGCUACCGACCGGGAGCCUUGGGAAGUACGACCUUGAACUGAAUGUCUCUCAACCAUGGAUCACGACGACCCAGCCGAAGCGUUGACUGAGCUGCGCGAGAAGCGGCUGGGCUUGCUGGAGAUACUGCAAGCGGCGGCAGGCUCGGGAUUGGCCGUCUAUACGGUGUGGGCGCUGCUGCUGCAGCCGGGCUUCCGCCGGGUGCCUCUAAGGCUGCAGGUGCCCUAUGUUGGCGCGAGUGCCCGGCAGGUUGAGAACGUGCUUUCACUGUUGCGAGGCCGCCCUGGAAAAAUGGUGGAUCUAGGCUCUGGUGAUGGCAGGAUCGUGCUGGCGGCCCACCAAUGUGGUCUCCGUCCAGCUGUGGGGUAUGAGCUGAACCCGUGGCUUGUGGGACUUGCACGGCUGCAUGCCUGGAGGGCCGGUUGUUCCGGGAGUGUCUGCUACCAUAGAAAAGAUCUCUGGAAGGUGAGCCUCAGGGACUGUCACAACGUGUCUGUGUUCCUGGCUCCCAGUGUGCUCCCACUUCUGGAGGACAAGCUGCAAGAGGAGCUUCCUGCCGGGGCCCGGGUGGUGUCUGGACGAUUCCCCCUCCCCACCUGGCAGCCUGUAGCUGUUGUGGGCGAGGGCAUCGACAGAGUUUGGGCCUAUGAUGUCCAUGGUACUGGACCAGUUGUGUCUUCCUGUGGGGCGCCCAUCAAGGCUAUCCCAGAGUCCAGUUCUACCUUGGUCCCUAGGGCCCCUGUUUGACAAGCUGGCUGACUAGAUAAAAUAAAGACUCUGUGGGUUCAA